AUGGAGAAUCAGAUAUCAGAUGCUAGCGAUUUCACCCAUUCGAGGAUACCGAAACUGUCGCAACUCGAUACAUUGCUGAGAUGUCACAUUUGCAAGGACUUCCUUAAGGUUCCUGUACUAACCCCAUGUGGUCAUACUUUCUGCUCAUUAUGUAUUAGAGAAUAUAUCAGUGUACAGGCUAAGUGUCCUCUUUGCUUGACUGAGUUGCGAGAAUCAAUGUUGAGGAGCGAAUUUCUAGUAAGUGAGAUUGUCGAAAGUUAUAAAGUUGUAAGAGACGAUUUAUUAGAUAUAUUGAAGCAACGCAAGGAAUCCCCUGAAAGCGAUCCUGACAGCUCUAUUAUAGAGGUUGGAUCUGAUCCCGAAGAUAGUUUAAUAGUCAAUGAUAAUCAGAGCGAUGACACGUCUGAUGAUAUCAAGAUAUUACAAAGUGGCAAACCGAUAUCUUUGAAGAGAAUAUACACUGAUAUUACGAGUUCCUCAUUAAGAACAGCACCUCGAUCGAAAUAUUUUAAAACAAAUAUACCAAUGAAGAGAAGUUCUACUGCAUCUAGGAUUGAUUCAAUAUUGAAGAAACCUGUAGAAUUAGUUCCAUGCCCAAUUUGCGAGAAAUACUUUCCUGUCAAGGAACUAGAAAGAACACACUUGGAUGAAUGUCUGACAUUACAGUCGUUAGAUAAUAAACUUACUCCAUUAACGAAAACUGCAGAGAAAGAUGAAGUAGUAUCAAAAGGAUCAACUGUAAUACCACCAAAUAAAUCGUUACUGUCAAGGUCACUUUGGAGGAUGAAACCACGGGAAGAAGAAGGAGAAAAAGAAGAAAAAGUGUCAUUCGUUGACAAAUACAUCAAUUCUACCACAGACAUAGAACACCAACGGUUACCUAAACUGGACUUUCCUUCAAUGACAAUUACACAAAUAAAACAAAAGUUAUCAAACUUAGGGUUAUCUACAACUGGGACUAAACAGAAUAUGAUGGCAAGAUAUAACUACUAUGAAAUUUUAUGGAACUCAAAUUUCUGUGAUUCAUUAAACCCAGUAAAUGUGAGUGAAUUAAAACGACAGUUGUUAAACUGGGAAGCAUCCCGUAAGGUUCAUAAUGGUACAAAUUUAUCAACUUCAAUUGGCAAUUUAAUGACUUUAAGAGGUACACACAAACAGAAUGACUAUAAAAAAUUAUUAGACAAUUUCAAAACUGAUAAAUUCAACCGGAAAGAAUGGUGUAUAUUGUUCAGAAAACAAUUUCGAAGACUCAUAAAAGAUGCGAAGAAGGGGCAAACUAGUCGUACACUGAAUGCUGAUCAUAUUCAAGAAUUUGAUAUAGAAGAACAGUUGACCGAUCCAGACCUAUCUAAUGAUCUUUUUGACAAGCUUGAUAAGACCCCACAAAAUCCACAAAAUCCAUAA